UCUAUUUACUUUGUUAAAGAACAAUUUAGUAACAUGGCUAAUGCAAGUGCUGGCGUGUGUCUUAUCAAAGAGGAAUUUAUUGUUAAAAACCCCGGGAUAACUGGUGAAAAUGCAAAAGACCCGAACUCUUGUGAGAAACGCAAAAUAGAGGAAACCCCCGACGGCAGCAAUAUAGAUAAUAAGAAGGCUAAAACUGGUGAUAACAAGGAACAACCACAAAAACCAAGGGAAAGGAAACGGGGGCAGAAUAAAGCAAGACCAAAGACCUAUCAAGAUGACAAACAAAAUAAGCCAUGCCCUAGCAUCCUUAAUAUAAAAUCGGUGGCCGACUUACAAACUUGUAAGUAUAACAAUUGUAAAUUUAUUCACAACCCCCUGGACUACUUAAAGAAUAAACCUAAGGAUUUAGGGGACCGAUGUCACCUGUUCGAACUUCGCGGUGAAUGCCCGCGGGGCAUUGCCUGCAGGUUUGGGUCAAGCCAUCUCACGCCAGAGGGCUAUAAUGUGGUGAAUGAAAUUAAAGCCAAAGAAUGGAAAGAUGACACGAAAAAUACUCUUCAAACUGAACUUCAAAUAAGCUUACAAAAAAGAACCUACAAUUUCGAUUUAUCUGAAAAACUAGUGAAAGUUUUGGAUAAAAGAAAAACAGAUUCAAUACCUUUAUCAGAUGAAUCAAAACCAGAUGAAAAAUCGAUUAAGAAAGAAGAUACUAAAAGUGGGGCAAUUACUGAUGAAGAUUUGAUCAAACUUUUACCUAGAGAAAGAAAGACCAUUGAUUGGCAGGAUAAACUAUAUCUCAGCCCUCUUACAACUGUUGGUAAUUUGCCAUUUAGGAGAAUAUGCAAGGAGUAUGGAGCAGACAUAACUUGUGGAGAAAUGGCUCUGUGCGAGUCUCUCCUCAAAGGAAUGAAGCAAGAGUGGGCUCUUGUCAAAAGACAUGAAUCAGAGGACUUGUUUGGGGCACAAAUAUGCGGAACCAAUGUUUGGCAAAUCACAAAAGUGGCUCAGUUACUGCAAGAGAAAACAGAACUAGAUUUCAUAGAUUUAAAUCUAGGCUGUCCUAUAGAUUUAAUUUAUAAGAAAGGAGGUGGUAGCGGUAUGAUGCACAGGUUGCCUACUUUAGAAGCUUCAGUUACAUGUGCCUCAAAGCUAUUAAGCAUACCAUUUACAGCAAAAAUUAGGACAGGAGUUUACCAAGACAAGAAAAUUGCUCAUACUAUUGUGCCCAAGUUGGCAGAAUGUGGUGCCUCCCUUAUUACAUUACAUGGAAGGUCCAGGGAAGCCAGGUACACAAGAUCAGCCGACUGGGAGUACAUUGAAACCUGUGCCCAAGCAGCUAACCCUUGCCCUGUCUUUGGCAAUGGUGAUAUCAUGAGCUAUGAGGAUUAUGUCCAAAGAAGAGAAAUAGCUCCUACAGUCAAAGGUGUAAUGAUUGGCCGGGGUUCUCUGAUCAAACCCUGGCUGUUCACUGAGAUUAAAGAACAAAAACUCUGGGAUAUCAGCAGUAGUGAAAGAUUUGACAUUAUAAAGAAAUAUGCAAACUAUGGCCUUGAACACUGGGGCUCAGAUACCCAGGGUGUAGAAAACACACGGCGAUUCCUACUUGAGUGGCUGUCAUUUUUGUACCGCUAUGUGCCUGUAGGCCUUCUUGAAAGACCGCCACAAAAAAUAAAUGAGCGUCCUCCCAUUUAUUUUGGUAGAAAUGACUUGGAAACCCUAAUGGCCUCUGGAAACUGCCAAGAUUGGAUCAAAAUUAGUGAAAUGCUUUUAGGACCUGUACCUGAUGGGUUCCAAUUCCUACCUAAGCAUAAAACUAAUUCUUAUUAGCUUUUACUAUUCUUGUUUAGCCUACAUACAAAUAA